GUUGCCUGAUUGUUGGAAUAACUUAGCAUCAUUACAAUUUGUUGACCUCAGAAAUAACAAGUUGUCAGGAAAGAUUCCCUUCUCAAUGGGUGCCCUUGUUAACAUGGAGGCUUUGAUUUUAAGAAAUAAUGGUUUGAGUGGACAACUUACUUCCUCAUUGAAGAAAUGCUCCGACAAGCUGGCUUUGUUGGACCUCGGAGAAAAUAAGUUUCAUGGUCCAUUACCUUCAUGGGUUGGAGACAAUUUACACCAAUUAGUAAUCUUAAGUCUUCGAUUCAAUAAUUUAAGUGGAAGUAUACCUUCAAAUGUAUGUUAUUUGAGAAAACUUCGAGUAUUGGAUCUGUCACUAAAUAACUUAUCAGGAGGAAUCCCAACUUGUGUAAUGAAUUUUACUGCAAUGACUCAAGACACCGUGAACUCAACUUCAUCGAAGAAUCAUGGGUAUACAAUCAGUACGGCUACUUCAUUUUUGGAAAUAUAUUAUGAUUUCACCUCGUUCCUGACGUGGAAAGGUGUAGACCAACCUUACAAAGAUGCUGAUGUGUUUUUAAAAAGCAUUGAUCUUUCAAGCAACCAUCUUACAGGGGACAUACCAGCUGAAAUUGAGUACUUGUUUGGAUUGAUUUCCUUAAAUUUGUCAAGGAACAAUCUCAGUGGGGAAGUCAUUUCAAACAUAGGAAACUUCAAAUCACUCGAAUUUCUUGAUCUGUCAAGAAAUCAUCUGUCAGGCAGAAUUCCUUCCAGUCUAGCUCACAUUGAUCGUCUCUCUAUGUUGGAUUUGUCAAACAAUCAGCUCUAUGGAAAAAUUCCAAUUGGAACGCAGCUUCAGACAUUUAAUGCUUCCAGUUUCGAAGAAAAUUUUAAUCUUUGUGGAGAACCACUUGAUAAAAUAUGUCCUGGAGAAGAUCCCGCAAAUCCGAGAGUGCCAACAACAAAUGCAGGAGAUGAGAACUCAAUGUUUUUAGAAACAUUAUACAUGAGCAUGGGGCUUGGGUUCUUUACUGGUUUCGUUGGCUUGGUAGGCUCAAUAUUGUUACUACCGUCUUGGAGAGAUACUUACUCCAGAUUCUUGAACACUUUGAUAUUGAAAGUCUUCACGUGGUGGAAGCAGUGAAUCUACCUGGUCCGGGUUCUAUAAAGUGGAUGAAUAAUUGGAUUUUCUAUUCACUGUAUGUGGUAAUUACAUCCUUUUCUGUUAUAGAAUAAUGUAGAUUGGUAUGCUGUGUGGAGUCCAUACCCUUAAUUGACUUUUUGGUUAUGGGUAGGAAAACAUGAAUAAAUGUGAUUUGGUUGAAACUUUAGUGUGAGAUUGUGUUUUGUUAUACUUUAAUGUAAUACCUUUAAUAAGAGAUUAAUAUAUAAGAGUCAUCA